GAUAGGGUGGCUUAAGCCUUGACACCCGAGAUGGUCUAGCUUACCGGCUAAAAUCUCACAUACUAUCGACUGAUAACGAUAGAGGAGGAAAGAUUAGGAUAGCCCCGACGGAGUCCGAUACGAGACAGGCAAUUGCUUACAGACCAUUUUCCCCGACCCCUCUGGGGUUAUUAUUUGGCGGUUUCCCCAGUUUCCCUGUGCUUGGUUGCAGAAAUCGAAGUCGAAUUCAUCAUCAUCAUCAUCAUGGUUCGCCGAAUUGCUUCAGCUACUCCUACGGCACAAUCGCCCAUAUCGCCACUUGGCACAACAUAUUGUGUCCGUCCCAAUUCCGUGUCGAUGAAUAUCCAUCGAAGACCACUCGUUGUUGCAUCAACCGACGAGGCCAAGGUCACUAUAAUAUAUGCCGGUCUGUUGAUUCCUGGCGACGGAGAACCUCUGCGCAAUGCCGCCCUAGUCAUCAGCGAUAAGAUCAUCGCGUUCGUCGGGCCCGAAGCCGACAUUCCUAAGAAAUACCUCCGGUCCACGCAGUCCACUCACCGUGUCCCUGUGCUCAUGCCCGGCCUGUGGGAUUGCCACAUGCAUUUUGGCGGUGAUGACGACUAUUACAACGAUUAUACCUCAGGUCUGGCCACUCAUCCAGCAUCAUCAGGAGCUCGACUAGCCCGUGGUUGCUGGGAAGGACUGCAGAAUGGGUAUACGUCCUACCGCGACCUGGCCGGAUAUGGGUGUGAGGUCGCGAAGGCAAUCAAUGAUGGCACGAUCGUUGGACCAAAUGUGUACUCGUCCGGCGCUGCUCUUAGUCAAACGGCCGGACACGGCGAUAUUUUCGCUCUUCCCGCAGGUGAGGUUCUGGGGAAUUAUGGAGUCACGAACCCUCGGCCUGGAUACUGGGCAGCAGGGCAGCUAUGUAUCGCCGAUGGCGUAGAGGAAGUCCGACGAGCAGUGCGGUUGCAACUUCGUCGCGGAGCAAAGGUUAUCAAAGUGAUGGCUUCAGGGGGUGUCAUGUCGCGAGACGAUAACCCCAAUUUUGCACAAUUCUCUCCAGAGGAACUCAAGGUGAUAGUGGAAGAGGCUGCUCGACAGAACCGGAUCGUUUCUGCACACGUACACGGCAAGGCGGGAAUCAUGGCUGCCAUAAAAGCAGGUUGCAAAAGUCUGGAGCAUGUGUCUUAUGCUGACGAGGAAGUGUGGGAGCAUAUGAAAGAAAAGGGGAUUCUUUAUGUGGCCACGCGCUCAGUUAUUGAAAUAUUCCUCGCUAGCAAUGGAGAGGGGCUAGUGAAGGAGUCGUGGGCCAAGUUGCAGGCACUUGCUGAUUCGCAUCUGAAGGCUUAUCAGGGGGCUAUCAAGGCGGGUGUUACCAUUGCGUUGGGAACUGAUACCGCCCCUGGUGGACCUACCGCGCUGGAGUUGCAGUUCGCUGUCGAGAGAGGAGGUAUGACACCGUUGGAGGCCAUCAAAGCUGCAACUGCAAACGCUCCCUUGUCGGUUGGUCCACAGGCACCAUUAACGGGUCAGCUUCGUGAGGGGUACGAGGCAGAUGUGAUUGCUUUGGAGGAGAACCCAUUGGAGGACAUUAAAGUUUUCCAAGAACCGAGGGUGAUUACCCACGUCUGGAAGGGAGGGAAAUUGUUCAAAGGCCCUGGUAUUGGUCCGUGGGGGGAAGAUGCACGAAAUCCUUUUCUGUAGUUCAUUUUCGAUUCAAUGGGAAUUUCACAUGAUAUAACUCUGAGGUACAAACUUACCAGCCAAUUAGUCACUGUAGCAACAUACCUCAGAUUUGCUAGCUCGUCGUCCACGUUAUCAGCAAUUUUACUCUUUAGCUGUCAUAAUUACUAAAUCCCUAUACUACAUGCUGGUAGCUGAAUGUGUUAGACCCCGAUGCUAAACAUUGCUCUUCGAAAAGGCAAUGCGCGCCACAGCAUAUUAUCAACUAUGACCCCUUCGAUUGCCUCAGCAUACUUCAAGCGGUCUGCCUAAAAUAAAGAGAAUGUAAGG